AUGAGGGACGUCGCGCCGCACCCGCACGCGCGGAAACCCCCCCCGAGCGCGUCGACCGUCGCCGCGCGGGAGGUCCCCGACGCCGCGGAGAUCGACGACCCAGAGUAUUACGACCGCUGCGAGCCGUGGGCGCUCGGGGAAUGGAAAGACGAGCUCACGUGCGCGGUGUUCGUCCGCGGGCAGAUGGGCCGCGUCAUCGGCCCGAAAGGCAUGAACAUCAAGAAGCUCAUCCGCGAGUCCGGGGCGAGGAUGGUGACGGACAACGAGCGGCAGCAGGUCAUCGUGCAAGGCGGGGACGCGCGAACGGCGCUUCGAGGCGCGCGGCUCGUGAACGCGGAGGUGGCGAUGUGGGUGGACUGGAACAAGCGGCACUACGGCGAUACAAACGCCGCCCCGGGAGGCGUUACCGCCGUGAAGGGCGACGCCCACGGCCCCCUCGCGGUCGCCGCGCCCGCGGGCGCGGGGAGCGGUCCGUCCGCGGCGACGCGGGAGACGCGGCCGGAUCGCGCGACGGAUCGGGAUCGCGCGGGCGGCGGCGCGUCCGCGGGGGGGGGCGACCGCGGCGAGGGCGGCGACCGUGGCGUCGACGCCGCGCGCGGCGGCGGCGACCCGUACGGAUACGGCGCCCGCGGCGAGAAGUCGGUCGCGGGGGACGUCGACUCCGAGCCCGAGAGCGGGGAGAUCGCGCCGGACGGCGGCGGCGGCGGCGUCCGCGGUGGCGGAAAGACGGCGAGAACUGCGCAGGCCACGAGCGCGAGACGCGCGAGGAAGAGCUCGUCGCUGAGCAACGUCGCGUCCGCGGGGUCGCUGCCGGGCGUGCCCGUGGCCCCGGCGAAGGCUUCCGCGCCUCCGUUGCCGGCGUCGGCGCCGCCCCCGGGGACGAAGCGCGCGCUCGAGAAGACAAAGAAAUCCCUCGAGAAGGCGAAGAAGACGCGGGAAAGGGCGCUCGCCGCGCCCGACGCGGUCGCCGCCGCCGCCGCCGCGCGCGAGCCGACUCCAAAGUCGCGAACCGGGACCCAAGGACGCGGCGUCGUGGACUCGGACUCGUCCGACGACGAGUUCGCGUUCAAGGACGAAGGCGACGUGACGAAACGCCAGCACGAAGGCGACGUCGUCGGCGCGGCGAAACUCUCAGCCGCCGCGACGGAAGCGGAGAAGCGGAAGAAGGAGGAGGAGGAGGAGGAGGAGGAGGCGAGGCGAGAGGAGGAGUGUGCGAGGCAGAUCGAAGAGACGCAGAGGAUCAAGUCCGAGCAAAAGAAGGAAGCCGCGGCGAAAGCGAAAGCGCUCAAGGCUGAGGCCGCGGCGAAGGCGAAAGCGGCGAAGGCUGAGGCCGCGGCGAAGGCGAAAGCGGAGAAAGCCGCGGCGAAGGCGAAAGCCGAAGCCGAGGCGAAAGCCGCAGCCGAGGCGAAAGCGAAAGCCGAGGCAAAAGCCGCGGCGAAGGCGAAAGCCGAGGCCGAGGCGAAGGCGAAAGCCGCCGCCGAGGCGAAAGCCGCAGCCGAGGCGAAAGCCGAGGCGAAGGCGAAAGCCGAAGCCGAGGCGAAAGCCGCGGCUGAAGCGAAAGCCGCGGCUGAAGCGAAAGCCGCGGCUGAAGCGAAAGCCGCGGCCGCGGCGGCGAAAGCGAAAGCCAAGGCGGAAGCCGAGGCCGAGGCCCAGGCCAAGGCGAAAGCCGAGGCUGAGGCCGCCGAGGCCGAGGCCGCCAAGGCGGAGGCGGAGAAAGCGAAAGCGAAAGCGGAGACCGCCGGACCCGGACCGGGACCGGGACCCGGCGCGUCGCCGACGUCGCCGCCGUCGCCGUCGACGACGGAACUCCUCAAACUCAUCCGCCGGCGCGAGCAGUCGCGCGACGCGCUCGAGGCGAUGUUCGCGUCGCGGUCCGGCAGCGCGAACUCUGUGGGCGUGUUCGUCCGCUUCCGCGCGAAGCUCCCCGGGGCCAACGCGGCGAAGAACUACGAGUGCGGGCAGAUAUCCGCCGCGCGGUUCGAUUACCCUCCCGGGGCGUGGCACGAGGAGUGGAUUCUCGACGUCGACGCGGAGAAUGAAAACGCGACGCACACGACGUAUUUGAAACUGGUCUCGAACGCGCGAUGCGAGCGCGACGAGGUGGAGCGGUGGUUGAAGAGGAAUUACGACGGCGUCGCGAGCGAGGCGUUGAUGGAUUUGAAGCUGAAAUCGCCCGCGCCGAAGCGCCCGAGGCACGCGUGA